AAACAACAAUGUGUGGUUACAUUCGAAAAAUGUAAGAAAUUUAUUAUUGUAAUCAAUACUUAGUUUAAAGUAAGAAUUAAUAAUAUUUCUUUGAGAUCUUUGCCCGGUUUUAUCACAGUAAUGUUUGAAACAAGUAAAUUGUGCACGUGAUGGAGCCAAAUGUUGCAUUUGUCUGUCCACGUGAUCAAUCCGUUUUUAGUUUUGCUUGGAAAAAUCGUGCAUCCGUGUUCAAAUUGUUUGGAAAGGUGGCACACACCUAUAAAACGCUGACUAGGACCUACAGGUGCUGGUGCUGACCGUUGCCUUUGCAAAUUUUACUAAAGAAUGGCGUUACAGCCUACUUUAAGAUGGUAUGAAAUUUGAAAUUAUGUAACGUAAUUUCGCACACUUGCUGAAUCCUUUGGUUGUAUACAUUCAAUACAUCGGAUCAAUAUUCGGUCCUUUUUCAUGAAGGAUGAAGACGCUCAGAAGACCACUUCGCUUAGAAGACUUUCAUCUUCUACUUCACGUGUACGAUUCAACAAUUUCACACCUACGGGAUGGUGAAUCGUUUGAUUAAUGGGAAUAGCGCCUUGAAAUGUGAAUUGCAUGUAUGAUCUAUGUGGUGAGGUUUGCAGCAUGUUUUUUUUUUCUCUCUCUAAACCCUGGGAAAUUGGAAAGAGACUCGAGAUAAUGAGAAAUAUAGCUGCUGACAGUGGUUAAAUUUCCAACCACGCGCGGUCCCGCUGACCUCAAAUGGCUGUAUAUGGACUGUUUGCAUUCUUAUUGCAAGUUCCUCAGGUGAAACGUGUUUUCCCCACCUUCAGGCCUUUCGUCGAAGUCGCUUGAAUAAUACAGUCUAUUUUAAGUUGUCAGCUUGACGUGACGCGAAGUUGUAAUGCUGCCGUUAAUAGUUUAUUAUUUCAUUUUGUUCCUUGUCUGCUGGAUGGUGUUGUGGUACAUUAAACUACUGUGGAAACCUGCCGGUUUUCCACCAGGCCCAUCGGGAGUAUUGAGUUUCUUAGCUCUGAACAAGCAAAAUGAGCCUUUCCUUUCCAAGGCAAUGCAGAAAUUGUCGGCAGAGUAUGGACCCGUAAUAGGCCUUAUCCUUCUUCACAGGAAAUUCAUCUGUGUUUCUAGCCGCCAGGCUGCUGUUGAUGCUUUAAGCAACACGGAACUUUUGGGCAGGCCCAAAUCUUUCGAUUUCAAUCUGCGAACCAAAGGAUUGAUUCGUGGUGUCUUGAUGACUGACGGGGACUUAUGGAAAGAGCAGAGGCGGUUUACAAUCAAACACCUGAAAGAUGUUGGCGUUGGAAAAUCUUCCCUUGAAGGAAUGAUUUUAGAUGAAAUUCGUGAAAUGAUAUCCGACUUGAAAAAUGUUGUAGAUUCCUCUAAUGACGGAGUAAUCAAAUUGGACAAUGUAUUCACCACUGCCGUGCUCAACAUAUUGUGGGUUAUGGUUUCCAGUAGGCGAUUCGAGCGAGGAGAUCCGAAGAUGGACGAACUAGCGUCUUGCAUGCACGGUUUCAUGCGUUUCAGCAAUGGUGGACCUACUUGGUUGAGCUUAAUUCCGAUUUUACGCUUCAUCAUACCGGAACUCAGCGGUUACAACAAGCUAAUGGGGUACAUUAGACCCAUACGUUCCUACGUCGAGGAAGAGGUUGCGGAGCACCAGAGAACCCGUCAAGCGGAUUCGCCUCGCGACUUUAUUGACCUUUAUUUGGAAAAACUUGAUGAAGAAAAGUCUAGAAAUAAUUCAACCUUUGAUGAGGAGCAGUUGUUGGCCACUAUUUUUGACAUUUUUGUUGCCGGAUCGGAGACGACGAGCCACACACUCGGAUUCUCCCUGCUCUUUAUGAUAUUUCACCCGAAAAUUCAGAAAAAAGUUCAAGACGAGAUUGAUGAAAUCCUACAAGGAAGAGCACCAUCUCUUGCAGAUAGAGGAAGAUUACCGUAUACGGAAGCUACGCUCCAGGAAAUCCAAAGACUUGGGGUAGUAGCUCCAGUUACGAUACCCCACGUAGCGGAAAAGGACACGAAAUGUCAAGGAUAUGUCAUACCAAAGAAAGCAGUGGUAUUUAUCAAUCUCUGGGCCAUUAACAACGAUCCUGAAAUUUGGCCAGAACCAACUAAAUUUCUCCCGGAAAGACAUUUGAAUGAUGCUGGGGAAUUUGUCAAGUCGGAAAAGAUGUUAAACUUCAGUCUCGGUAAACGAAGCUGCAUUGGAGAAACGCUUGCGCGGAAUUCUCUUUUUCUCUUCUUCACAUCCUUCAUGCAACACUUUCACUUUGAAUUUCCCAAUCACAGAGAUAUGGACUAUGAGUUGCCUUCUCUUGAACCAAUUCCCGGCUUGACAUUGGCUCCUCGCCCAUGCUUUGCCCGUGUAAUCAAAAGAUCAGUGUAAUACUGUAUGCAUUUUUUUUAGUCCGGUGCCAGUGGAUGAUGGGGAAUAGGACAGAAAAAAUAAGAUACGAGUUUAAAACUUUAGCCGUAAUUUUAAAAAUCAUUGACGAUAUUUCAUGACAAUUCAUAACGGACUUCGAAAUAGAACUACCCCUCCUUA